ACUGACUUUGCAGGCUACACAGUUUUUUUCUAAAUAACACAUGCUUUGGCUAUACUCUUAGACAACCUAAAAGCAGGGGCUGAAGUCAAUUGUUAACGAGCUAACAACUAAUUUAAACACCCUUUAAAGACCCCGAAACCCGCAUUCAAGACAGACAAGCAAAGCCUGAUUUUUCACUUAUGGCAAUGCACAUUAGGACCUCUUCUCGCUCUCUCCUCUACGUCUUAAAUCUUGCUACACUCCUGCUUUCUACUAUUGCGGCCACCAAUCACGGUCACCUUGAAGAGCAGAGGAGGGAUAAGAUUAUCAAGCUACAAGGGCAGCCACCAAAUGUGAGCUUCUCUCAAUUCUCUGGCUACAUUACUGUGGACCCGUUGGCAGGACGGGCUCUCUUUUAUUGGUUGAUUGAGGCCCCCAAGAUUGUCAAGCCCAAGUCAAAGCCACUAGUUCUAUGGCUCAAUGGUGGGCCUGGCUGCUCAUCUGUGGCCUAUGGAGCUUCAGAGGAGGUCGGUCCAUUCAGGGUACGACCUGAUGGCAAGACCCUGCAUUUGAAUCCAUAUGCUUGGAAUAAAGUGGCAAAUUUGCUGUUUCUUGAUUCACCUGCUGGUGUGGGAUUUUCUUAUUCAAAUACUUCAUCAGAUACAUACACGGUUGGUGACAAGAGGACAGCCAAAGAUGCUUACACUUUUCUGGUUAACUGGUUUGAGAGGUUCACUCAAUACAAGCACAGGCCUUUUUACAUUGCUGGAGAAAGCUACGCAGGUCAUUACAUCCCUGAGCUGUCACGAAUUAUAGCCCGGAGAAAUAAGGGAGUCAAGAAUCCUGUCAUUAAUUUCACAGGUUUCUUGUUGGGCAAUCCUCUUAUAGAUGAUUAUCACGAUAACGUGGGCACACACGAGUUCUGGUGGAACCAUGGAUUGAUAUCCGAUUCUACUUAUAAAGAUCUAAAGAAGUUCUGCCCAAAUAGUACUUUCUUGUUCCCAAAAAGUGAAUGCAACAGUGCUUUAAAGAGGGCAUAUUCAGAGUUUGGAGAUAUAAAUCCUUAUAGCAUUUACAGCUCUCCUUGCAAUGAAAUCAUUACUCUUAGACACUAUCUAAACUAUUCACUGCCAUGGAAAUUCAGAGGAAAUGACGAGUGUGUGGUGAUGUACACAAAAAGAUACAUGAACCGCCCAGAGGUGCAAAGGGCUCUUCAUGCCAAUAUUACCAGGAUUCCUCAUCCUUGGGCCACUUGCAGCUCUAUUGUUAGGAGAAACUGGAGUGAUUCUCCUAAAUCCAUGUUGCCAAUCUUCAAAGAACUUAUAGCAGCUGGUAUUAGAAUAUGGGUUUUCAGUGGUGAUACAGAUGCAAUUUUGCCACUAACUGCAACCAGAUACUCCAUUAAUGCUCUACAGCUACAAACCAACAUAAGCUGGUAUGCUUGGCACGAUGACCAUCAUCAGGUUGGUGGCUGGAGCCAAGUUUACAAGGGCUUGACCUAUGUGACAGUAAGGGGAGCAGGGCAUGAGGUGCCUUUAACUCGGCCUCGACUUGCUUUAUUGCUAUUUAGGCAAUUUCUGAAAAACGAACCCAUGCCAGCAUUUUAGUCCUAGAAGACUUCCUGUUGUUUAAUCCUGAAGGUUACUAGCUGCGUAUGGAGUGUUUUUAUUUUUCUUUUCAUAUCAUUAUUUGAUUAAACAAAUUAAAAGUAGAAAUGACAAAAAUUAGAAAUCUUUUUAGCCUCAUUGUCUUCCCGCUGCUCAGCUAAGAAUAAAGAAUGAACAUUAAAAGUCU